GCGGUCCCAUGGCCCUCGUCGGCAGCGCCGCCCCAGGCCACAAGGGCCCAGGCAGCGCUGUGGGCGCCCCAGCGCUGCGGGCCAUCGGCGACCACCUGGAGCUUGUGGCGCAGCUGGUCCAGGGCCUGGCCGCUGUGCAUGGUGGGGACGACAACGGCGAGCUCAAGGCAGCGUGCGGCGGCGGCGAGCUCGAGGAGCUGCUCGCCGCGCUCCGCGGGAGCAGCGCUGCCCUCGGGGCCCCGCCCGCCCGGCCACGCCCGCCCGGCCACGCCGAGGCGGAGGCGGCCGAGCAGCGUCGCCCAGGCUGCGCGAUCCCCGCGUCGCCGAGGCGCCCAUCGGCGCCGGGGAAGUGUGGGCCCACAGAGCGCCCCGAGGGGACGCCGCCGAGGGGUGACAGCGUCAUGCCCCCGAUGGACGAGGGCCCGAAGAAGGUCUGCAGGGCCGGCGGGCCCCCUUGGGGCAACUUCGGCGACUUCUCCGGCCGGAGCAGCAGGAAUGAGGCAUUCCGUAAUCCCUUCCUGCAGAGAGUGGAGCGGGCGGUGAAUUCAAUGUGGAUGGAGUGCAUCAGCGCUUUCUUCAUAGCGAUAAAUACCGGGUUCAUGGUUCUCGAGGGGCAGCACACGGGCGCGAGGAUCGGCUAUGAGAUCGGAGUUUAUACAUCUUACGGCGGUUCGGACGGGUUCCUUGUCGGCUCAGGCGCGUUGACUCCUGCGCUGUUUGCGACCGUCGACAUAGUUUUUUGUGUGGUGUUCACGAUCGAGCUGCUUUUGAGGCUGUCCUUCCAGCGUCUGGACUUCCUGUGUGACCCUUGGGGGUGGCUUGACAUAGCACUUGUGCUGACCACUAAUGUUACUACCUUCCUCUUCCACGGGGGCGAUGCGAUGCCAGUCACGAUCAUUCGCGUCUUGCGUUUGGCCAGGCUGCUGCGGAUCAUGAGGUUGGCGCGAUCGAUCACGUUUUUUGAUUCGCUCUACCUCAUGACGACAGCUCUCCGUGGGAGCGUGUCUGCAUUGGUAUGGGUUAUCGCUUUCCUGUUCAUCACUCAGACACUCUUUGCUCUCCUGCUCACCAACAUCAUUCAGGAGUUCUAUCUGACAUCGACUGGCGACAAAGAUGAGUUCUUUCAGACUCCCCUCGAGAAAGAGGAGGCCUACAAGUACUUUGGCACCUACUGGAGAUCAAUGGUGUCCCUUUUUGAGCUGAUGCUGGCGAACUGGCCUGAGAUCUGUCGGAUGAUGAUGGAAACGAUGCAUGAAGCUUGGUCGGUCUUUGUCCUCGGUUACAAGCUUUUCAUGGGCGUCGCUGUGAUCGGAGUGAUCAUGGGUGUCUUCACCCAGGAGACUUUUCGAGCUGCUGACAGCGAUGACCAUCUCAUGAUCAAGAGGAAGGCAAAACAAACACAGACCCACACCCGAAAGAUGAAGGCCCUCUUCGAGAAGAUGGCGAAGGAUAGUUAUGAUUGCGGGUAUGCGAAUGUUGAUUUGGCGUUGUUCGAGCAAGUCCUGCAGAGCCCAGUCAUGCAAUUUUGGUUGGCCGCGAUGGAUUACGAUGUAACCGAUGCGAGUUUGCUCUUCUAUCUGAUCGAUAAGGACGGUGACGGGGUCCUCACAGUGGACGAGCUCAUCGAGGGGAUGUCAUCAUUGAACGGUGUUGCCCGUAACAUCGACGUCAAGUUGUUAAUGCGGCAAAGCCGAGUUGGUAUAUUGCAGAAGCGCUCGACACACAGCAAUAACAACAUGACAACUGCCGACGCCCUCAGAAUAGUCGAGUCAGGGCGAUUGCGCCGCAGCGAUACCAAGGAUACUUCUGCGAGCUUGUGA